CCCCAACCGUGAAGGGGGCGGGGAUAGACAGAAAACAAAAACUGAAGCCAAACUGAAGCCUUUUUCUUGCUUCUGGGAUCGAAAAAGUCUGAGAUGAAGGAAAACAACAAUAAAGCACGUUCGGCACUCCUCCACAGGCAGUGACUUGUUCUGGUUUUACAGUGUUGCACCAGGUGUCAGCAGAGACACCCAGCUCUGAGGCAAGCUCCAGGCUUGCAGACUCUGAGGCUUCUGGUUAUAUAGUAACCUGUUGCUUUAGCUGCGGCUCCUCCUUUCCCUUCUCUUCUGGCUGUGCUAAGAAAGCCCUUCCACCUGCUCUCAGAGAAGCUUGGGAGUCUGAACUGGAAGACAGGAGAACAAAGAACGAGAAGGGGGAGAUUACUGGGGUCGAGAGUGUGGUUUCAUUCUCUCUCUCUCCUCCCCCCCUCCCCAAUUCCCUGGGCAGGAGGCCGGUGAUCAUCACUGUCAGCACUUGGCAGAGGAGGAAGCCUGAAGGGGGUUGAGAAUGGCAGAGAACCUGUACUAAGAGGAAGAGAACUGCUCAGUGGGAAAGAAACGACAAGCACCCAGGAAACUGGGAGAUUCCAGCCGACAUCUGAGCAAAAGUGAAUGUCUUGAAAGCAGCAUGAGCCAGAAAGGAUCAACAAGCAGCUAUCCAGGCUCUGCAAAUGGCAGCAUGGGCAAAGCAGAUGGAGCUCCCAAAAUGACUGCAAAGGAUUUGUAUGAGCAAAGGAAGAAGUACACCAACUCUAAUGUCAUUAUGCAUGAGACAUCACAGUACCAUGUCCAGCAUUUAGCUACCUUCAUCAUGGAUAAGAGUGAGGCCAUUGUAACAGUGGAUGAUGCUAUCAGAAAACUCAAACAGCUAAACUCCAAAGAGAAGAUCUGGGCACAAGAGAUGCUGUUGCAGGUGAAUGACAAAUCCAUUCGACUGCUGGACUGCGAAACUCGGGAAGAACUAGAGGAUUUCCUUCUGCCAACAGUCCAACUCUGCCAAACUGUGCUGAAUCAGAUGCGGUACUCAUCCAUACUCCUGCUGGUGUGUCAAGACUCGGAGCAGCACAAGCCUGACAUUCACUUCUUUAACUGUGAUGAGGUGGAGGCAGAGAUGGUACAUGAGGACAUAGAAAGUGCACUUGCUGACCAUAAGUUUGGAAAGAAGAUACGGCCGCAAACACUCAAGGUAAACCAAGAGAAGAUAAAACAGAGACAAUCCAUCCUCCCGCCACCUCAAGGACCAGCUCCAAUCCCUUUCCAGUGUGAAGCAAGAGGUUCACCAAAGAGCAACCUGAAUCGAGUGGCUCCUCCUUCACAGCACAAUGAGCCAGAAUAUGAUCGACGAAGCUCCAGCUCUCAGGAUCAUGAAGAGUCCCGUGCAGCUUUAGCACAGAAGAUUGAAAGAGAAACGCAAACCCUGAAUUGCACCCUAGAUGACAUCGAGCUGUUUGUUGCCAAGCUUCAGAAAGCUGCAGAAGCAUUUAAACAGCUGAACCAAAGGAAGAAGGGAAAGAAGAACAAGAAGAAAGGGCCAGCAGAGGGAGUUCUGACUCUGAGGGCAAAACCCCCAAAUGAAGCUGAAUACAUUGACUGCUUCCAGAAAACCAAGCUGGCACUAAAUCUCCUGGCCAAACUGAGAAAACAUAUCCAGAAUCCAAGUGCUUCGGAAUUAGUGCAUUUCUUGUUUGGACCUUUGGAACUGAUAGUUAAUAGCUGUGGAGGUCCUGAGCUUGCAAGGUCUGUCAUCAGCCCACUUCUUUCUAAAGACACCACAGAUUUCCUGAAAGGACAUCUGACACCAAAGGAGAUGGCACUGUGGGAGUCCUUGGGAGAGACAUGGACAAGGUCAAGAACUGAGUGGCCAAGAGAUGCCAACAUCCCAAGCUAUAUUCCAAAGUUCCGCAACGGAUGGGAGCCACCUCUAGAAAUCUUCCGCGGAGCUCCUUGGGAAAUAGAUAUUGGCCACCUGCAAGAAGAGUUGUCAUCACCUAAUGGAUAUUCCAGUCGGAACCUAAAGCCUGUCCAGACAUCUGAUCAAAUUCAAGCAGUGGAUGCCUUUGCUCAGCAUGUUACUCAACAUGUGAAUAGGAAUUUUGAGGCACAGGGUAUCGCCCCAGCAAAGAGAUGUGCCAAAAUUCGAUAUGAUUUCACUGCUCGAAAUGCCAAUGAACUUUCAGUGCUGAAGGAUGAAAUUCUGGAGGUGUUGGAAGAUAAUAAACAGUGGUGGAAGCUGCGAAACCGAAGUGGGCAGGCUGGUUACGUCCCAUAUAACAUCUUGGACCUGGUGAAACUGGAGGAUUAUGGGUCAAUUGAACAGAAAUACAAAGGAGACUUGAGUCCAAGAGGAACAGGACCUUCUAGCCCCUCUCAUAAGUUACCUGCCAGCUACGCUGGAGAUAAAUGGGGAAGUGAAAUGCUUGCCCGUAAUUCUCCUGAUGCCAAAGAACAACUGAUUCAUCAUAUGGAUGAGGUCAAUGAUGAACUUCUGAAAAAGAUUACCAAUAUCAAAGUGCAACCUCCUCAGAGAAACUUUAAAGUUGAGAAGGCUCAUCAAGUUCAAGUGCCCAUGACCUUUGAAUCCAAUGCUGAGGAGGUCAAAGCAUGGCUGGAAGCAAAUUCUUUCAGUAAAGGGACUGUGGACCAUCUUGGCAUACUGACAGGUGCACAACUUUUCUCUCUGAACAAAGAAGAGCUGAAAAAAGUAUGUGGAGAAGAGGGUGCCAGAGUAUAUAGCAAAAUCACAGUGCAAAAGUCUUUGCUAGAGAAAAGCAGAGGGGAGUCGGAGCUUCAAGAAAUCAUGAAGCGACGCCAAGAAAGGAUUGAUUCUGCUAUUUAAAUUUUAUCUGUUCUUUUAGACUCUGUUUGCAUACAUGUACUUGCAGAAAAAAGGGAAGAAAGCAAAAAAAUAGUGAGAAAGACUGCUGCGAUCAGCACCUAAGCAAUGUAAAUUGCCAUCCAGAUUGACUGUUCCUUCAGCACUGUUGACAAAUGGGAGGCUAUUCUCCCUCACUAACAUGACACUGCAUUGGGAGAGAGGUUCUAGUAUUGCAUGAAGUAUUAUUUUUAUAUCUCUAUAUUUUAUACAUAAACGUUAUGUGUGUGAAGUUCAGAGCAUGAUGAGGACAGGAAUUCUCAGCAAAGGCUGGACUGAAGCAAAAUGACCUCAAAACAAUCUAUGCAGUCUGCUUCCUGUGUGGCCCUUUUCUACUGUCAUAAAGCAUCAGGGAAUCGGCUGGGGGAAAUAAUAUAAGCCCACAAGAAUGUUCUGAGGCCCUGUAUAUUUGAAAAACACACUCCCUUACCAUUUAAUUGUACACAACACAACAGGGGCUGAAUUAGCCCAACAUGGGGGAAGAGACUCCUAGGGCAUGUAAAAAAACCCAACAAACAUAAGAUAAGAUUAUGAUCAACUGGCAGGCAAGUGAUUUAAAGUUUGUGUUGGAUUUUUCAAAACUGAAGUUGGCAACAACUCAUCUCUUCUCUCCCCUCUUCUCACCCACAGCCCUAAACCGUACUAAUUCCUUUUAUAUGUCAUCAAAAGGGUACCAGGAAGCCAUCAUAUACCAAACAUAUCCACAGGUGAUCCAAGGGCAGUUUUGAUAUCAUAACCAUUAGCUGCUCCAUCCCCUGGGAAAGUUAUAAGCUCAUUGCGAAUAUAUUCUGAUGUGCUUUGAAAAGCUUUUGGCCAAGUAGUUGCAUUGGUAUCCCUGCCCCUCCCCCAGCCCUCCAUCACAUCUUCAUGCCUCUAUCAUCAUAUUUGGGACCAACUCUGAAUGGCUUCAUAGCCCUUGCACAGUCAAGUUCACACAGAGAGCUAUUGUGACCCUUUAGGGAUGGAGUAUCCACAAUGUUUAGAUAGCUAAAUAUUCAAAUUAUAAUGUAAAAAGGAAUGACAUAUGUGUAGAAUAGGUUAGACUGGAAUUGGCCCUUAGCACUGUAUAUAUAUUUUAAUAUACGUUUUCUCACUGAGUGAUACUAGAAGAAACCUUGCUUUUGUAGAGUUCUCUUUAUUUCACUUUCACCCAUCACUACUGCCCAGAACAGGCUUUACAAUGAAGAAUGACCUUUCACAACUUGUAGAUGUAUUGCAGCAGUAAGUAAUAAAAUGCAAACAUUGGAACAACUCCCCCCCACACACAAAUAUACAAGAGUAUUGAUUUCAAAAGAAAGAUGGAGCUGGAAUGGAGGCCAAAUGGAUACAUAUUAAAAUGUCCUGGUUGGCAAGGUUUUUUCUUUUUUUUAACUUCAUCCACCUGUUAAUUGUAGGGGCUGGACCCAGAUUAACUGUGUUAUAGUUUGUAAGAACAUAGGAACUUUUAAAAAAGCCUGCUGGAUCAAGCCAAUGGCCCAUCUAGUCCAGCAUCCUCUUCUCACAAUAGCCAACCAGAUGCGUAUGGGAAGUCCACAAGCAGGAUCUGAGCGCAAGAGCACUCCCCUCCUGUGGUUUCCAGCAACUGGUAUUCAGAAACUGUGGAGGGAGAACAUAGCCACCAUGGCUAGUAACCAUUGAUAGCCUCAUCCUCCAUUAAUUUUUCUAAUCCUCUUUUAAAGUCAUCCAAGUUGGUGGCCAUCACUGCCUCCUGUGGGAGUGAAUUCCAUAGUUUAACUAUGAGUUGCAUGAAGUACUUUCUUUGACGGUCAUAAAUCUUCCAACAUUUAGCUUCAAGGGAUGUCCACAAGUUCUAAUGUUUUGAAAGAGGGAGACAAUUUUUUCUCUAUCCACAUUCUCCAUGCCAUGGCAUAAUUUUAUACACUUCUAUCUUGUAACUUCUUACAUGCCUUUUCCCUAAACUAAAAAGCCCCCUAAAUUAAAAAGCCUCAAUGCUGCAGCCUUUCCACAUAGGGGAGUUGCUCCAUUCCCUUGAUCAUUUUGGUUGCUCUUUUCUGAAUCUUUUCCAGCUCUAUAAUAAAUUUUCUAAGGUGAGACAACCAGAACUGUACACAGUAUUCCAAAUGCAGUCACACCAUAGAUUUGUAUAUUGGCAUUAUGAUACUGGCAGUUUUAUUUUCAAUUCCUUUCCUAAUGAUCCCUAGCAUGGAGUUUGGCUUUUUCACUUGGUAGGUGUCUUCAUCGAAUUACCCAUGAUGAGCCCAAGGUCUUGUUCCUAGUCAGUCAUUGUCAGUUCGGACCCCAUGAGAAUAUGUUUGAAACAAAGAUUUUUUUAUCAUAGCAUGCAUCACAACAUUUGUUUACAUUGAAUUGCGUUUGCCCAUUUACCACCCAUUCACUCAUUUUGAAGUCAUUUUGGAGCUCUUCAAAUCCCUUUCUGUUUUAAUGACCCUGAACAAUUUAGUAUCAUCAGCAAACUUGGCCACCUCGCUACUCACCCCUAAUUCUAGAUCAUUAAUGAACAAGUUAAAAAGCACAGGUCCCAAUUCUGAUCCUUGGGGGACUUCACUUUCUACAGCCCUCCAUUGGGAGAACUGUCUAUAUAUUCUUAGUCUCUGCUUCCUGCUACUUAACCAAUUCCUGAUCCAGAAGAGGACCUCUCCUCUUAUUCCAUGACUGCUAAACUUACUCAGGAGUCUUUGGUGAGGUCAAAAGCUUGUCAAGUACACUAUAUUAGCUGGCUCACCUCUAUCUAUAUGGUUGCUGACACUUUCAAAUAACUCUAAUAGGUUGGUUAGUGAGCAGAGCCGGUGCCAGGCAUGCCUGGGCCCUUGGGCACCAGCCUGCCCCAUACUUGUGGCACUGGAGAGCAACUCCUUCGUAAGGCUGCACGGGGCUAAUAAACCUACCUGCAUGUCCCACCUACCUCUAUUGCCCCUUAGGGAAGCCUCUGCCUCCAUCUUAAUUGAUGGCAGGUAUGUGUGUACUGCAUGAACAUGCUUACCAUCAACCAAGAUGGCACUGGGGGCAUCAGCCUCUUAGGGAAGCCUCUGCCACCAUCUUGGUUGAUGGCAGGUAUGUGGGCACAGUAUGCACGUCAUUUACAGGAGUGAUAGAGGUAGGUGGAGCAUGCAUGGCCUACACUGACUGUUUGGGGGGGAGGUGCCUGGGAGCUCCCUCUCUGCAAUCCAUGGCAGGGUCAGGAGCCAACACUGCCGCAGAUCGCAGAACAGGAGCACUACCCUCCCACCCUAAGGAGGAGCCCCUCAGGGGCCCUCAGCCAAGGCCUAACCUGGCUGCCCCCUGACGCUGGCCCUCUUAGCGAGAUAGGACUUACUCUUGCAGAAGCCAUGCUAGUUCUGCUUCAGCAAGUCUUGCUCUUCUGUAUUCUUGCUUAUUGUAUGUUUAUUUUGUUUUAUUGGUUAUUUUAUCUUACUUAUUUUAUGUUUAAUAAUGCUUUCCACCACUUUUCCUGGAACACAUGUUAAACUAACUGGCCUGUACUUUCCAGAAUUCCCCUUUUGUAUUUGCAUUCAUCCUUGAAUGUCUUUGUAUAUAUCUUUGACUUAUGAGCCACAACAUUGCCCAGCUGAUCAUCAUCAAUCAAAAGAUGAGUCAAAAUCUGAGAUUUAAUUCCAACCUGAUGAGCAUUCACAUUAAACAGCCUAUGAGACAAACUGUUUUGCCUCCAGGCGAUAUUGUAAUGAACUGAAACUUUAAGUUUAAAAACUAAAGUUUUUGGCCCCUAUGAUGAUGAAGAAGAAUGGGUUGAGGGUAUGCAUGCAGUACGUGUUCUACAACAUGAUAGAAACCCACAAGACAAUAUGAAGACAGCCCAAAUUAUAUUUUUACAGUUUUUAAGGUCAGUUUCAUGUUGCUUGAAUACUCCAGUUUAGUAGUUAACAGUCAAUUCAUCAUGUUAAGAUUAGGUGCCACUUUGCUCCCUUUUAUACAGCCAAUUGUCUCUUUCAGAAGAUUAGAUGUAAGCCAAACCCCACAAGCAGUAGUGGUUCUCAGAUGCUUUGUCCUUUAUAAUUAUAUGGGAUGGCUGACUACAUCUCUCCCACACUGACUUGGAAACUACUUAACCCAGCAUUGUAAAACAUGCAAUUGAUUUGGGACUGCAAUCUGUAAUAGCUGCAGCUGGUGUUGGUGAAUAAAGCUCCAUUUAAGUUUUCAUGUCCUAGCACAUCUGGAUAUAGGAACCUGAUAAACCUGCAUGAACAAAAGUGACUGCUAGAUACUCUUACUUAGACUUUCAGAGUCUGCAAAUGCAUUUAAUCUAUAGCUGAUUGAUUCCUGCAAAGACUUGCAAUGUGCAGCCUGUACAUGUGAACAGUCCCAUUAUACUGUCAUUUAUUCCAAAGAAGCUCAGUUCCUCUGCAUGCCUGGAGAAUUUUGCAAGAAAAAGCCUUUAGGAAAUACACACAUCACUGCUUAAUGUUUCUCCUUCAAUUAUUAUUAUUUGUACAUUAGCCACAGUGGUUUUAGAUUAUCUGUACAUAAAAACGUAGUCAAAGUUCUUAACAAAAACCCCAUGAAGAUAUAACUAAAUGAAAAUUAUGUUCACAUUAUAUACUUUAAUGGUAGCUGUGCAGAGAUAAUUUAAUCACAUGUUAAAAAUCAGAGCUAGUAAUAAAGUAUAUAUUAUAUAUGAAGCUAGCAAAUAUAUAGUUAGCAGAAUAUGCACUUAUUUUUGUUUAACAGACUUAUAGAGCAGAUGAAGCAAACAAACCACUUGUUGUAUGGAGUGGUAGUAAUAAAAGUCUACCAAAGUAAAACAAAACAACUCUGAGCUCCUUGGAGGAAGGAUGAGAAACAAAUGUAAGGAAUGAAUCGAUUGCUCUGUUCUAAUAUUUUAAUGCGGGUUCACACUGGUUAACAUUAAUAGAAGUGAACAUUCUAUAAAGAACUGUAUUGAGCAUUUUAUUGAGUGUACUACAGGUAGACUAAUCUGGUGACACUAUACUGUGGCCACAGAUGCAGCCAUAGAAUAGUUGUAUCCCAGACAAGUCAGUGGAGCAACCAGUGCCUUGAUGGCUGCAUCAAAAAUCCCUGGUGGCUUCAUUUGAGAACCCAUGUUGACUUAGCUAGGAGUAUUUCCAGCAUAUCUAAUGGAGCAUAAUUAUUUUUGCAGGAUUAGACAUAUUUGUUCAACCAAACAUGGUUUGAUUAAUGAUGCUGAACUGUAUGUAUGUAUUGUAAACAGGGGUGGCAAGCUGGUUUAAAAAUUAAAAGAUACUUACACUUGG